CCGCUAAAUCCCGGUCCCGGUCAUCGUGGUCGUCGUCGUGUUUAUUUACUUUCGUUUUUUUUUCUUCUCGACGGCGAUCGAAAUAGCCCGAAUAUUAUUUUCGCCGUCGCGCUCGGCCGGAAAUUUUGAAACGCGAAGAAAAAACGACCGGUUCACCUUCGGCUCGAUUAGCUUUUUUUCCGCGGCCCGGCGUGGGAUUUUUUUUAGGUUAAGUGAAAACCGACCGGGAGAAAGGAGAAAAAAACUUGCAUAACUUUUUUUCGACUCGACCCAAAUUCCCAACCGUCUCCUUCGCCUAUCUUAUUUGAUUAUUUCCCCCCUUAUCUACGAUCUUCGAAAUAGGCUGCACCCGAGAUAAAGUUUUUUUUCCAUUUAUAGCGAUCGACGCGGCAAGUUGAUUGUACCGUUUCUAGGUCAAACACUGUUAUAUAUACGCGAAUAUGUACGCACGCUUAUUUUCGGGACCAACAAUUUCAACUGUCACAUAUUAAAUUAUAAUUCAAAAUUUUUCACCUGAUGAUUGCCCGAUUUAUUCGAAAUCAGUAACGCAUUUUUUAAUUUGUGGAAUAAAUUUCGAUAAAAUCGUUCCGAACCUAUCCCAAUUGGAAAUAAUCUAACCCACCGAUAACCUAAUCUAAUUUCGCGAUGCCUCCUUUUAGAAAACACGGCAUCGUCCACUUUCAACAGGCGAUUUCCCGUGAAAAGUGAAAUUUAUUUCUCGCGGCUCCGUAGACAAUCCCCGUGUUAGCGAUCGAAAGGUAUCCGCUAUUACCUCACAAAGACGCCCGUCCAUAUUCAUCCAUCGUUUUAUUACGACGACAUCAUUUUUAUCAUUCCCCAACGAAUUAAUUCCUAUACUUUUCGAACUCUAUAUAUCUUUGAUAUUUGUUUAAAUAAAAAUUGAUUUUGCAUUCUUAUAAGAACCAAUUAGAACCAAUUUGCGGAAGUGAAACGAAUAUCGCAAUGUUUCACAAUUUCCAAUCAUCUCAAAAUAUUCUUUUAUUUAAUAGUUAACUUCCUUAAUACGUAGUAAAAUAUUCUUUUUCCUUGCACUACGUGUUGUAAUUAAAUUCGCAUUGACACAAUUUAAUAAGAUAAAUAUUUUAAAGGCGUUUAAAAAGUGAAAUUAUUGCGAAUUCUUAGUGAAUAAUGAUCGAUAGGAAAUGAGGAAGGUGUGCGAUUGGGACGUGAAGGAGGAUGAACAAGUAGUUCACGAUCGCGAUUGGAAUACGGAAUAUUUUUUGUUAUUUUUGGAUCGAAAUUUCGCGCAUGCAAAUCGCCCGAGUCACUUUAAUAUUUAUCGGGUAGAUUUCCCCUCGUCAUUUGUAGAAAGUUGCCGACUUUUUAACUCAUCUCUCCGGGCGUCGUUCGGAACGGGUGGGGGCGAUCCGGCGACGUGCUUAAAUAUUUAUAAAAAUCGGGGACCAUCAGUUUCCUAUAUGGUAAUCCGCGCGCGAUACAUAUUAAAGAGGAGGUCCUCUGAAUAAUUCAUCUCUCGAUUUUAAUUCACUGGUUGCGGAUGUAAUUUUGGCGGGGCAAUGCUAAGAACGAAGCUGUUAAAACUGAGUGUAUCUCGAUUUGUAAUUUUUUAAUUAGUACUCCUCAAAGUUGAAUUCGAAGAAAGGAAUUCGGAUUUGGGAAGUUAACUUUGGAGAAAUAACGUUCAGGUCAAAAACGGGCAGGCAAAAGAGAAAAUCAUCUCGAACGAGGGCGUGACAAAAGCAAGUGCAAUAGAAACAAAAAAAAAGGGCUGACCAAGAUGUGGAAGAUGCGUAACGCGGACAAGAACAGUAACGACAAGUCGACGAACGGCAACGCGGUUACGAUGGAGAUGACGGAAGAAGAGCAAACAGCCCUAACCGAUCAAACGGGAAGCGUAAAGUCUCAAUGUUUUACCGUAGCGACCGAUAGUGACACCUGCGAUGAUAGUAGCGAUACCGAGUGCGGUUUGGGACCGUGCGCGCCUUCGUGGCUUCAAAAGUUUGCCUCGAAACAGAUGUUUCUUACUGUGUUUUGUUUGGCUUGGGUACUACAAGGGAUGUAUCAUACGUACUUCGUAAGCGCGAUUACCACUAUCGAAAAACUCUUUCAAAUUCAAUCGAAAAUUACGGGCAUCAUUAUGAGCGCCACUGAAAUUGGUCAAAUCGGUUCGUCUUUGUUAUUGACUUAUUACGGUGGGCAAGGUCAUAGGCCGAAAUGGAUCGCUUGGGGAAUGGUACUCUUCGCCAUAUCAUCUUUCACUUGUUCUCUACCUCAUUUCAUCUACGGAAAGCAGAUCAUGGACUCUAACGAUCUCACGGGAAUGCCUAACGAACCGGACACGUGCAACGCCUUCAAUAAAAGCAUUUAUGACGACCCUUUUUUCAAUGGGACCAGCGGCAGGUACGAUUUCCACCAAGGCUUUAACGAUAUACGAGUUUUAGAGCCACGAAUAGAACCCACAGUCACGAAAAUCGUCCUCGCCAUAUUCUUUAUUAGUUUACUCGGUGUUGGUAUGGGACAAACCGCCGUUUAUACUUUAGGUAUACCAUAUAUGGACGAUAACGUUGCCAGUCGAGAAUCACCAUUAUAUUUUGCCAUCACUAUUGGUGUUAGAAUAUUAGGACCUGCUUUAGGAUUUAUCGUUGGAUCUUUAUGUACCAGUGUUUACGCAGAUCUUUCCGUCGAUCCAAAAAUUGAAACUAACGAUCCAAGAUGGGUUGGAGCUUGGUGGUUAGGUUUGGUGGUAAUAUCUGGUUUAUUGAUAUUAUCAUCGUUUGCGAUGUUUUCAUUUCCGAAGAGAUUGCCAACUGGUCGUCCAGCACCACGUUUACAACGAACGGGGAGGAAGCACCCGAGCAUCAGAGACUUUCCAAAAACCGUUAAAAGACUGCUCAAGAAUGACAUCCUCAUGUUCCGUACUGCCAGCAGCGUGCUGCAUAUACUUCCAAUAGCUGGUUUAUACACUUUUUUACCGAAAUACCUCGAGUCUCAGUUUAGAUUACCAACACCUUCAGCAAAUAUGAUAUCAGGCGUGGGAGGAAUUCUUGUAAUGGGUUUAGGAAUAAUAAUAAGUGGCAUCUUUAUACUUCGGGUUAAACCAAACGCAAGAUUUGUAGCUGGUUGGAUUGCGUUUACGGCCGUUGUUUACGCCUUAGGAAUGGCCGUUUUAACAUUCAUAGGUUGUCCAAUGCAUACAGUCGAAGGUUAUGGUCAACAACAACCCGUAUGCAACUCGACAAUGUCUUGUAAUUGUAGUGCGGAUAAAUUUGCGCCGAUAUGCGGAAACGAUGGUAAAACGUACUUUUCGGCAUGCCACGCUGGUUGCCAAAAUUUUACGGUUCACGAUGGGAAAAUUGUUGAAUACUCGGAUUGUUUAUGUUUAUCCGCAACUUAUAACACGACCAUCUUGGAUUCUAUAGACAAGCUUGGUACGGCUUCGACCGGAUAUUGCGACGGGGAGUGUUCAAACUUCAUUCUCUACAUAAUCCUAUUCUCGCUUUUUGUUUUUAUACACUCAACCUCGGAGGUUGGUUCGAUGUUGUUAAUUUUGAGGUGCGUCGAUCCUCGAGAUAAAGCAAUGGCCUUGGGUUUGAUACAAUUCGCUAUUGGCUUAUUCGGUAACGUACCGUGUCCGAUUAUUUACGGAGCGGUUGUGGAUUCGGCUUGUUUAGAUUGGAAGAUGGUUAAAGAUGAAACGGGGGCGUGCAAAUUAUAUGAUUCGAAUGUUUUUCGAAUGUUUUAUCACGGAACGACGGGUGGGAUAUUGUUAUGCGCUUUUUUCGUUGAUUUAAUUGUUUGGUAUAAGGCGGGUAGUAUAAAUAUAGCGCACGAACAGGCACCUUUAGAAGAGGAGAUGCCCGCGUUGCCCGGAAAAACGCAGACCACCGAGAGCUGUUAAAACUGUGACAUAGAUUAAAACGAAAAACUGAUUUUUUUACUCGUAGGACUGCUUUACUACUUUUUUAUUAGAAAAACGACACAGGAAAUCUCAAAAUCGCUGCCUUUUUUGAUAUACAUUGAAAAUACAAGACGCCGUCUCGACAUUACGACGCGGUCAUUCGAAAUAGACAUCACAAGAGAACUUUGUUUUUAUAUAUUGAUAUUUUUUUUAAUAAAUAAUAGUACCUGAUACAUACAGCACGACCAUUUGUUUUCCUACGGUUCGAGGACUGGCAUAUCAUCCCGGAAAUACCCGCGUUCGUAAUGUUCAAGAGUGCAAUACAUAGAUCUGCGGACAUCCGUGCAUAUAUCUGUGAUAUAUUUAAAUGUAAACAAAAUACCCCACUGUGUAUAUAUAGGUUUUAUAUAUUUUCUAGAAAUCAAACGAAUAAUGGAACAUACGCAUUUUUUUUGACUUUGUAAGAAAAAAAACAUAUUUCUAGAUAUAGUUACCAAUUUUUUUUAACACUAGUAGACCCGGGGGAUCAAGCGUAAGGUUUGUUUCGAAACUUGAUGACGUCAAUUGCAUUGUUGUAUGUAACUGUAUAUAAGGGAACAAUUUGUCGGUAUGUUUUUUUAUGAUUAUUCUUUUUUUGUAUAAAUUUUACGUGCCAUCUUUCAUGUUAUAUAUCGAACACCGUCAGCAAAACGGCUCCUAAUAUUGUCUCAAUUGAUUAAUUGACGCCUACUAUUAUUGUAACGAGAAAUGUUGUGGAUAUUAUCAAUAAAAAAUAUGUUAAUUCCAAACUUUUA